GGCUCACACGCAGUGUCAGUUGUCAGCUGUGCAGUCGGAGAGGCUUUGUGUUGGGAAGUUUCAGGCGGUGAGUCAGUUGAAUCAGAGUAAGGAGGAGGACGCCACCCAGCCCUGCCGCUGGAUCCCUGCGUGGCGCUUCUGCUUGUUUUUCUCCUCUGAGGACCCUGCUGCAAAACAAAGGCGAUCCCUUUGGUGGUGGUGGGGGGGUUGAUUUGGUUUUACCUUCACCCACUCACCCACUCUCUCUCACACACGCGGGAUGGUUGUUAUCGUCGCUCGGACGCGUCUUUUUCCACGGUGGGAUUAACGCAGCGCAGGAGGAAUGAAGGUGACGGUGUGUUUCGGGAGGACGCGGGUGGUCGUUCCGUGUGGAGAUGGGAAUGUUAAAGUGCAAAGCCUUAUCGAACAAGCUGCCAUGAGGUAUAAAAAAGCCAUAGCAAAGGACCCCAGCUACUGGGUUCAGGUCCACCGGCUGGAGCAUGGAGAUGGGGGCAUUUUGGACAUCGAUGAUAUGCUAUGUGACGUAGUAGAUGACAAAGACCGGCUGGUGGCAGUGUACGAAGAGCAGGACCCACACAAUGGAGGUGAUGGAACCAGCGCCAGCUCCACAGGAACCCAGAGUCCAGACCCUUUUGCCGGUGAGAUGAAUGCAGCAUCAGCAUUCCAACCUUACCAAGCUGCCAGUGAGAUCGAAGUCACAACAUCUGCUCUACGAUCAAGCAUGUCGUUGAAUGUCCGUCAAAGCAGCGACCCCUCCUUGGCUGACAUCCCUCCAGGAGAGGUCAUGAUUGGUCAAGAGGAACCAUCGAGGAGGAAUCCGGCUCGCUGGUCCACAACACCUGGUUUCCAGAAGUACAGCGUUAUGCCAAACACACAGGGUGCCACGGGCACCAUAGAACAGGGAAGAGGAGCCCAAGUCUAUCGGAGUCUUCCUCGUGAUGCGACUACCUGGGCUGCUCAGUUUCAGAGAAACAUGAUUCGUUCUUCCCUUAGUGCCAAUCAUCCAAUGGUCGACCAAUGGCUUGACCAACAGGAACAGGAGGAGGAGGAAGCAGACCGAAGAACAUACGAAAGGAGAAUUGAGCGAAUCGAGCCUGUAGGGAGGGCCGACUCUUCGCUGGAGCGUUCACCUGUGUUAAGUCUUGAAAGCAUGCUCAAGCCGGUCGAAGUGUCCAAUGAAGGAGGGCCCCUGGGGAUCCACGUAGUUCCUUUCAGUUCACAGGAUGUUAGGACUCAGGGCUUGCUGGUGAAGCGUUUGGAGCCUGGAGGAAAAGCUGAGAAAGAGCGUCUCUUCCAGGAAAACGACUGCAUAGUCAGGAUUAAUCAGGGAGACAUUCGCAAACUGCGCUUUGAACAAGCUCAGAACAUUUUCAGGCAGGCGAUGCGUUGCCAACGCAUUCUUUUCCAUGUGGUGCCUGCGUCCAUGAAGAGGCACUAUGAUGUACUUGCGGCUCAGAACGAGCUUAGUCCACCCCAGUCUCACAGGGUCCGCUUUAGCCAAGACCCCCAGCAACCAGGGGACCGGACAAGUAUGGGUGCAGGGAUGCCACCCACAUCUGGACAGCAAAGCAUCAAUCACAAUCAUCAAGGUCCCCUGUCAGGAAGCACCCCAGAACCAAGUCGGCGGUAUGCCACUUUACCGCAUGCCUUACCUCACCCCUUAAUCUCCAGGACCCCAUCAGCGCCUUCUCCCUCCUUGCAGCGUCGAAUAAGCACAACCCCAACCAACAACUUCUACCAAAAGAAAAAGGGACGCAGCUUCAACAUCCAGCUAAAGAAAGGCGCAGAGGGUCUUGGAUUCAGCAUCACGUCCAGAGAUGUCCCUAUUGGUGGAAGUGCUCCUAUUUACAUUAAAAACAUUCUUCCUCGAGGGGCUGCCAUCCAAGAUGGACGACUGAAAGCUGGAGACCGGCUGUUGGAGGUUAGUGGGGUGGACCUGAAUGGAAAGAGUCAGGAGGAAGUGGUGGCCCUACUUAGAGCUACCCCCAUGGAUGCGAUGGUGAACUUGCUGGUGCUUCGUCAGGAGGACCCCAUACUGCCUCGAGAAGUGUGGAUCUCCCCAUCACUUUUUCAAUUUAGCCAAAAACAGGAGGAUGACAUAGUGCUAACUCCAGAUGGGACGCGGGAGUUUUUGACCUUUGAGAUCCCGCUCAAUGACUCAGGCUCAGCAGGCUUGGGAGUCAGCGUCAAGGGGAACCGGUCCAAGGAGAGCCAAGCUGAUCUUGGAAUCUUCGUGAAAUCUAUAAUCAAUGGAGGAGCUGCUAGUAAGGAUGGCCGUCUUCUUGUCAAUGACCAACUCAUUGCUGUCAAUGGAGAGUCGCUGAUUGGGAUGACCAACCAGGAUGCCAUGGAAGCACUUCGAAAGUCCAUGUCGGUAGAGGGCAACAAGCGAGGAAUGAUUCAGCUCAUUGUGGCACGACGACUGAUUAAGGACAGUGAGGAAGCCUAUGCUAGCCCAGGGAUGUUGGAGUUUCCCAUUAAGUCUCCUUCAGAAAACAAUGACGAUCCAAACUCUCAGUUUGUUUAUGAAUCUAUUGACAGCUUGGACAACACGCCUACAACCCGGGCUAAUGUACCUGCACGCAACGGUCACUUCCAGCUCUCUCCAACUGUCAACAUGCCACAAGAUGACACAGUGAUGAUUGAGGACGAUAGGCCACCACCGCUUCCGGCCCACCUGUCUGACCAUUCGUCCUCCAGUUCCCAUGACGACAUGGGCUUUGUAGGAGAAAACCCAGUUGUCUGGGUUUGCGAGAUGCCCGGUCAAAACGAAUGCUCUCUAAGUCCCGAUGCAGAACCUGAUGCUGCAUUCCAGAGAGAAGGCUUCGCCCGCCAGAGUAUGUCAGAAAAGCGCUCCAAGCAGUAUGACAGCCCAGCUCAUCUGGACAUCAUCAAGAACCGCAAGUCCAAAAGCAUGGAUCUUGGUUCUGAAGAGCGACAAUUUGGAGCUUCCCCUGAUUUAAAAAAGUCCAGCUCCAUGGAGAGUCUCCACAACCCUGCUGCUGAGGUUAUAAUGAACGAAGAGCUCAACAUCCAAAGGAUGCCCUCAAGGAUCAUCAGGAGUCGAGUCUGCAACGAGAGCUUCCGGGUGGCUAUAGACAAAUCCUAUGUGCAGCGUGAUUUCAUAGCAAAGGAAGAGAACAGCGUUGAGACAUUGGAUGAAGACACAGAGGAAAGCUUUCCUUCAGGUCGGGAGUCCAUGUCCACCAGCGGCGAUCUCAGCCUCGGUGGCGGGCUGGCUGAUGACAAGCAGAAAGAUGGCGCCACGGGCGGACCAAAGGAAAUCAAGAAAGGGGAGAAGGAGAAAGACAAGGACAAGAACAAAGCAAAGAAGGGCGUUCUGAAAGGCCUGGGUGAGAUUCUCAGGUUUGGAAAGAGCAAGAAGGACGAGGACCGGAUUGAGAGGAAGAACUCAAGAAGUUCUAGACCUGAGGAAGUCCAGGCAAAUGAAGAUGAGACCGUCCAAAUGAAGCAGGAACAAGAAAGGAUUCAUGCCAAGACAUGGGAACAUCGGGAGCAGCAGGCCAAGGAGAGGGAAUAUGCAGAGAUCCAAGAUGUCGUCAGCCGCACUUUCAGCUCAGACGAGGAGCACACUUACGCUGGUAUUGGGUCGUUGGGCUCUUCUCUAGAUAGCAGCAGCGUGGACGCAUACAGCCACCACUACCAUCUCCCUCAGAGCCCACAGAGCCCUCACACACCCCUGAACCUCCAGAGCAAUGGUCCACCCCUGGAGGUGCUGUACGCCCAGGUCAACAAGCAACGCAACGGACGACCUGCAGCUCCAGACAGCAGUCAGAUGGCUCCCAGUAACCAUGACCGGAUACAGAGGCUGAGGCAUGAGUUCCAACAGGCCAAGCAGGAGCCAGAUGAACAUCAGAGAUCCUUCGGCUUCGACCAGGCCCGGGUGAACCAGGUGAGCAAUGGGACAGAGACACAGAGUGGACGCCAUUCUGCAACAGUUGACACUCCGAAUCAGCAGCAAGAGGACAGAGACGGCUUCCAGCAAGCAUCGAGGCACUACAGCUCCCUGCCGCGGCAGCCUCAUAAGAAGCCCAGCACAAUGUCCCAGGACUCCUGGGAAAGAUCGUAUCCAUCAUCCGAGGAUUUCCAGACGCCUAAGGAGAACCCUCGUCUCUCUAUGGGCCCGGGCUCUCGUAACGGCUUCACUGGAAAACCCAAUCUAAAUGCUCGGGUCCUCCUAGAGACCCAGGAGUUACUGAGGCAGGAACAAAGACGGAGGGAACAGGAGGCGAGGAAAACCAGGCCAUCUCCUGCGCAGGAGCCCCCAAACAGCAACAGCAGCAGCAGCGCCUACAACCACAGCGCAGACCACAGCCAGGCCUCUGCCACAGGACAUGUACCGACACCACAGAGAUCUAAAGGCCCCUACAGGCAGGACGUUCCCCCAUCACCUUCCCAGCUGGCCAAACUCUGCCACCGCCAGGGCUCAGAGAAGGGGAGGUUUUUAUAUUCCUGAGACGGGGAAGAGUAAAAUGAUCCGGACUGAUUGGAACAAGCAAUGUACACAGCAUAGACGCAUCAUGGGCAACAAGUCUGUUUUUUUUUUAUACCUUUAUAAAUAAUAUUUUUUAUUGGUUGGUUGUUAUACAUUUUUGAUAUUUCAAAGAAAGAUUUUUAUAAUAUAAAUUUGAUCCUUUGUAGAUGUAGCGAAAGCUAAUGGGAGAGGUUUUAUGGUUCAGCGUUGUUUUAUAUAUUUGUGUAAAGGGCCGUUUUGGUCGCCUUUCUACUCAUCACUACAUCACAAGGUAAAAAAAGCUGGUUCAGCUUUAAGCAGCAGACUGAUUUAAAGAUAGUUCAGGUCCCCACUGAUGUCUUUGUUGUUUUAAUGUUUAUUUGAAAAUUUGUACUUUCAUGAAAACGUCAUUACUCAUUGUGUUUGUGUGAGUAGAAGUGUUGGCAGGAACCAACAUGCGGAGAAACGGAGCUGAGGGUAAGGAGCUUGUGUGAACUGUUCAGUCGGAGCAAGGAUUUUAGUCCUACCACCCACCCCUCCUGUUACGCUACGCUUCAGGGAAAUGCCCAUUUUGGGUUUCAAAAAGCACUCUUCCUCUGAACUCCCCCGAUCCACACCCCUCACAUUCACUAUGAUAAUCCUAAAUUCUCUCUUCCUUUUGGCUGGCUGCUUUAUCUCGGCGUUUUCUCCUCACCCUGUCACCCUCAUCCCUCUGCUCCCUCCGUGGAAGAAAACAGCUUUAGAUCUUCUUAUUCUUGCUCUGCUUCACUCACCCAGGGACAACCAGCAGAACAAAACAGGGUCAGCUCUGGGUUAUUAAUUAAUGUGUCGAGUCAAAAAUAAAUGCGGUCCUCUGUGUGUGUUUGCUGUCAUGCUCGGAGAGGGAGGUGAGACCGCCUCUGGCUCCACCUAGAAGGAUUGGUUGUGACCAGAGCUCGCACUAGGUGUCAGAGCUGUUUCUCCUUGAAUAUUUCAUCACUACGGCUCCUUAGGAGACCACAUCAGCUGUGCAGUUGGUACCUAUCUGUAGGCCACUUACAAUAGAGCUGAUUUUGUUUUCCCUCUUGAUUGGGAGCAUUCAUAAGAAACCCCUCAGGAGCCCUUUCUUUGUUCAGUCAAUAAUAAGUAGUGUGUUUGUUUUUCAUUUCUAAGCUCCUUCUUAUAUUUCCAUACUUAGCAUAUGGGGACACACAAUCUGAGGCCACUUUUUGCAGAGUGUCAGAUAAACGAUUUAUUUCAGGUUAAAAUAAAGGAUUAAAGAUUUUUUUCUAUAUUACUGACACUUCGACAAUACUGGUCUGAAUGUUUUAUCUAAUGCACAUUUUUUAGGAACAAACAUAAGUGUUUGAUUGUGUUCAGGGUUUUAUUUGAUACAUAAUAAGGAGGAGUGUACUUACAUAUAACUAAUUUGUGGAGAUUCACUGAUGUGGUUGCUUCUGAUCACAGAUUUUUCUUAAGAUAAGACCUGCCAAGACGGAUUUAUUACUUUUUAAAUACUAUGAAUGCGAAUAAAACAAAACCAUAAAACAUACAUAUUUACAUACAUACAUAUUUUCUUAAAACAUUAAUUGUUUGUAUGUUUUCUUUUAGAUUCUGGCCAGAGGUAAAGGGGUUAUCUGAUUGAAGAUACCUGUUAUUACUUAAGUUUUGGGUAUUCACUGAUUGUAAAAUAAAUCAUCGGUUUUCUCUGAUCUCGGCCUGUAAAUCAUAAAUGUGUUGAUUUACUUCACCAGCUAAUUUCUCUGUGGAUCAAUGUCAUUUAUGAAUGAAAUGUUACAUCAUGAUUAUAACAGAUUUCUUCAGGAGACACAAACAUUAAAAUUCAGAUUUCAAUGUCAACAUUUUAGUCCUAAAACACUCUUAUAGAGAUUCAGGCAAAUGCUUUGGAUUUCUUUGGAAAGAUGUUUAUAAGGUCUUGACAUCAACUCUGGUUUACUUCAGCAGAAUAAUUUUACCCAAGUUUGAUUUGUCAAAGCUCCAGCUUUUUAUUUUGAGUACAUGCAUUCAAUGUGGGGAAAAACACUGGUGUUAAGAAACAACUGACUGUAGCUCUAUAGAAUUACUCUGGUUUACCUAAAAUGUAACUUGCCCGCAAAAACACAGUUUAUUUUCUGUUUAAACUGUAUAAACCUGGUCUUUAGGGUGCUACUAUUAUUGUUUCUCCUAUUUUAUUAUUUCUAACAAUUAGUCCAUGAAUCUUUAUUUAAUUGUAUUGUUUUUGCAAUGUUCUUACAAAACCAUCAUUGCCAUAAGAGGUUAUACAGCAACUAGUGCAGUUAAAUUCUCUGCUGGUUAAAAUGGUACAUACUGGUAUUGGUCAAGUCAUUUAUACACUUUUAUUAUCAUAGGCCCCCUUUUAGGUAUAAAUAUAACUUACUUAGAAAAACUGAGAUUUUUUUUUACUGACUUGGCUUCCCUUAAGCUAUGAUGACAAGAC